CGUCACUAUUUCAAUUCAAGUUAAUAAAAUGUUAUAGUAGUUAACAACAAUUGUUGAAUACGUACGGUUCAUAUUGAAUUUUUUAUUAAUAUUUAAAUGAAAUUUCCAAAAUGGAAAUAGAUAAAUUUAACGAAAACGAAGUGGAGUUAUUGAAAAAACCAACAGAAGAGAAUCAAGAAAUAAAAGCAUAUAAACGAAGAUGGCUGAUAAUGUGUAUAUUUAUGUAUUAUGCUUGCAUUAACGCCAUACAAUGGAUUGAAUAUUCAAGCAUUACGUACGUCAUUGUUAAAUAUUAUAAUGUUAGUACUUUAGCAGUUGAUUGGACUUCCACCAUUUAUAUGGCCCUUUACCCAGUAUUAGUUAUACCAGCGUCUUAUAUUAUCGAUAAAAAGGGGUUAAGAGCGGCAGGUUUGAUAGGAUGCAUCGGUACCCUUCUCGGUACCAGUCUAAAAGUAGUAUCCAUACGAAACGAUCUAUUUUGGGUGGUACUACUAGGUCAAGCUAUAGUAUCUUCAUCACAAUUAGUCAUAGUAUGCCUACCACCGAAAUUGGCGGCUAUUUGGUUCAAGGCUAGUGAAGUUUCUACAGCAUGUUCUUUGGGGGUGUUCGGUACCCAGAUGGGUUGCGCCAUCGGGUAUAUACUACCACCUUUGAUUGUACAAGAUAGCGACGAUAUGGAAAGCAUUGGGAAUCAAAUAAAAAUUUUGUGUUGGAUUUUGACGGGUUCCAUGAUUCCGGUUACCAUAGCUGUUAUAAUAUAUUUCCCAAAAGAGCCCCCCCUGCCGCCAAGUAACGCCCAAGCAAAAUUGAGAAGACAAAAAGAAGAAUUCGAUACAAGGUUAUUCUUCACUUCUAUCGUCAAACUUUUUCGUAACAGAGGUUUCGUAAUCCACAUGGUAGCGUACAGUAUAAAUAUAGCUGUAUUUUCGGCUGUAGGAACAUUACUUAACCAAUUCAUUCUACAAUUUUUCGAGGGAGCAAAUGAAGACGCUGGUUGGAUGGGGUUCGUAAUGGUGGUUUCUGGUAUGGUGGGAUCGAUAUUUUUCGGUGUGCUAUUAGACAAAACCCAUAAAUACAAAGAAGUAACCUUAUUCAUUUAUUUUUGUUCGGCUUUAAGUAUAGUUUGCUUGAUGUUUACUUUGAAGUACAAAAUGAGGGUUUUGACGUACGUUUCUUGCUGUUUACUAGGAAUCUUCUUAAACGCUUACAUGCCAGUAGGGUUUGAAUUAGCCAUGGAACUUACGUAUCCUUGCGAAGAAAGUACCACUUCCGGUAUACUAUUCGCCAUGACACAAUUAACAGCGACUAUUUUCGCCGUUGCUUUGGGGUAUUUUAAUUUGUUAUUGGGAGGAUUUUGGUCAUUAGUGACCCAAAGUAUUUCUCUAUUUAUAGGCGUCUUCGUUACAAUUUUCGUACCUAAUAUACUAAAGAGGCAACAAGCUUUUAUGGAAAGCAAAGAUUUUGAAAACAAACUAAUUUGAAAGACAUUUCUUUUAUAUCUUCAAUUCUACACAACCAAAAAAUGAUAUUUAAUAAAAGUUGUAUUAAAUUUUGUGAUAUUAAAUAAUACGACUAACCCUGUUACGAAAUAUUCGAACAACGUUGCCAGUUUUGUUUAAAAUUACGCCACGAACAGAUCGGUCAUCGACCUCCCCGAUGUCUAGACUUGUACAGGACCGUAUUCAGUUACUAGUUCGCGUUAAUUUUCUUUAUAUUUUCUUUAUAACCAAAUUUUUUUAAACCAAAAAUGAUAUUUUCUAAGUGUAAAACUCCAUAUAAAAUACUUAUAGAGCAUAAUAGCAUAUAGUAUAUAGCAAUAAGCAUAAUUUUUAAUCUGGCAACGCUGCAAAUUGCAUCUACAUCAGAUUAUUUAGUUUUAAAUAAAUUAAUUUUAUCGAAUUAUUGUCUAAAGUGAUUUUUACAAAGGGUACACAAGUUUUUUCGUGUUUUAAGGAUUAAAGCUUAUACAGGGUGAGUCAUGAUUAUAUAUUAUUGCAUGCUACCCCAAACGAGCCGUUUAAUUGAAAAACUUGAUAUAAAAAUAGGAUAUUUUCAUGAAUUUUUUGCAGGAUUUUCACGAACGCGUAUAUGCCGGUAGGUUUCGAACUGGCGAUAGAAUUAACGUUUCCUUCAGAAGAGAGCACUACUGCGGGUAUUCUCCUCGCAUGUACCCAAUGUACAGGGGUAAUAUUCGUCGUAGCU